AUGGGGAGUUUGGCACAUAUAGCUCCUACAAAGAGACUUUUGGCCAAGGAUAUUCAGAGACUAAAAGAUACAGGUAUCGGAUUUAGUGUUGGAAAUUCAGAGGCAUUGUUGGCUUGUGCUCAGGCUAAGUCUUCAUUAGUUGAGCGCAUUAAGACCACCCAAUACGAGGAUGAGCGAUUAUGUAAAUACAGAGAUAAGAUCGUAGCUGGUAAAAGCAAGGAUAUGAUUGUUGAAAGUGAUGGUGUGCUUCUAAUAAGGAACAUACUAUGCGUAACAUACGUAGAUGGGUUGAGACAUUCUAUUCUUGAAGAAGCCCACAACUCUAAAUACACCAUACAUCCUGGAUCAACAAAAAUGUGCCCUGACUUGAAGCAAUUUUAUUGGUGGGAAGGUAUGAAGAAAGAUGUUGCUAACUUUGUUUCUAGUUGUUUGACAUUUCAGCAGGUCAAAGAUGAGCAUCGGCGACCAGCAGGACAACUACAACAAAUUGAGAUUCCAAAGUAG